GUUGGUUUAGGUCAACUGAACAAUGCAUCUUUAUUUAUUUAUUGCAAUUGCAAUGAAAUAACUAAACUUUUUGUGUCCAUUAUAAGCGUAUCAACCUAGACCACUAGGUCUAAUGUAUCACGUGGGUAAUGUGAAGCUCUUUAUUUUUAUGUUUCGAUUAAUUACUUUGUGAUCUGUGCGUGUGUUGUAAGAAAAUGUUUGGAAGACCAAGAUGCAGAGAAUGGACCCCUCUGACAACUCAACAACUUCGUCUUCGAAGCUUAAUUCAGAUUGUCGGCUACAACAUAAGACCACCGGAGGGAUAUACCCUUCAGUGUAGUUACUACUUAACUCUACAUCACACGACAAUGUCUGCACCGUUUUAUACAAGCGAGAGAAUAUGCUCACCUCAUCCCAAAUGGAAGGAAAUUGAUUCCGAAAUCACCCAGCGUAUGUCGUCUACAAACGUCGUUAUAAGGAUAUGGUGCCAUAUUCUUACUCCGCCUUGUAAGGACGAUGAGGAAAAAGUCAAAGUUCAGGAUACUGUUAUUCAGACGUGGGGUGUAUAUUUUAGUGGUCUCAGAUAUAUAGGAGCUAAUUUAGCUUUAAAUUUUACCUCAGAUUGUUUUAAAAGCAAUACUCUGGUAUUUCAAAUGCAUGGUGGAUACUUUUGUUCGUACAAAAGUCUGAAAUUGGACAUAAUACCGCCAGAAAAUGAAUUGGAACAAGGGUCACUCUCUUCAGGCUCAUCUGGCAAAACUAAAAUUUCAAAUAUCAUAUUGGAUUCCAGGGUUAUACAUAGUCGCAAAUUAUUAGGUGAAUCCAGAUCACUUUCGCCCGGAAAAUUUACAAGGAAAUCUGAUAAGGAAUAUUCGAAAAGUCACAGUCCAAUCGAAAGAGGUUUUAGACAGAAUUUUCCGACUAUGAGAUCUUCAUCAAGCUUAAACAUGUCAGUAAAUCAAAGGGAGAGUAGGAGAGACGGUAGCGGUGAUAGGAAUAACGUAGAUCCAAAUCAUAUUUAUGAGCAUUCGCCUGAUAACGUAGACGUUAGAGAAUAUACAACCAGUGAUCUCAACUGUGAUAAAUCAGCUUCCCAUGAGGAGCUAUCGAAUAAAGUAGAUAUGAGUGAAACGGCUGAGAGCUACGAUUUAAGGAACGAAUCUGAUGGAGUGCCAAAGUAUAGGUAUUUAGCAUUGAGUUUCCUCAAAUCUGAAAUUAGACCAAGUUAUAAUGCAACGAAACUGCAAAGUCUGCAUUUGCUACAGUAUGCGAUUAAGAAAAAGCAAGAGGCUGUGCAGGAAAUAAAAGAAAGAAUAUAUCAAAAGUCGGCGUUAAACGAAACUUUGUCCUCGGAUAAUGACUCGAAGGUAAAGGGUAAAAAUAAAUCGCAGAGGAAUCUGUUCUCUCCGGAUGAUAGUGAAGGAUUGAGUAAAGAAAAAUCUUCGUCUCAGACUAGUUUGAAUGUUAAAAAUGGGAAGGUCAGGGAGGAAAAAGCGCCGGUUUCAAACGGACCUCGAUUGACGUUGAAAUUGAAUGAUCUCUUAUCUUAUAAGUCUAAACCUUCUCCGUUUCAAAGAGCAGAACAUGUUAGACUUACAAAACAGUUAGAAAUAUUACAUUUUAAACGAUUAAUACUUUCUGAUGAGAGGGACAGCAAAUUAGCAAAUAUUAGAAAAUUAAAAGAGAAACAUGCGAAGCUGUGUGAAGAAAAUCAAGAUAUUGGUUCAGAGCUAAUGCAGAACUACCACACACUCUCACGUAGAACAGAAUCUGUUAAGGAAACAAGGGAAUCGUGUUACGCUUUGAGAGAAUUAGCUGCUAGAUCUCACGCUGCCUUGGCUAGUUAUAGAAGCGAUAUGUUGUUACAGUUAUAUAAGAUAUUCUAUAUACAACAGCAAGAUUCAAACUGGUCUAUUGUUGAUGUACCGCUACCGAUAUGUGGAGAUGAGAAUCGGGCAUCGAAUCCCGUGUCCGAUUCUGUCGCAGCUGGUUUUGUAGCCCAAGCGACUGUAUUAACAGCGGCCAUAUUGAACCAGCCACUGAGGUAUAAAAUAACCUUGCUCGGUUCGGCGAGCAAAAUAUUGGAUAUAACACCGGAUCUACCUGAUCCUAAUAUACCUCUGUUCGCGAGAGGAGGUGAUAUAACAUUAUUCCGUUACGCGAUGUUUCUGCUAAAUAAGUGUAUAGCACAGCUGCUGUGGGGGAGGGGUCUCUCAGUACAUGAUAUGAGACCAACUUUAGCUAAUUUGCAACGAUUGAUGACGACACCGAGUAAUUUGACGGACACAUCGAAACUAUUCGGCACAUACCGCUGGCUUGUAGAUAGUCAAUGUCCAAGGACACAGUCGUUACGAAGUCUUGUACCAUCAGAAAGGGGGAAAUUUAGACAAUUUAAUAGGUUUAAGGAAACAGUAGACACUCACACUCCCCAGAAGGCACUAAACGUCAAAAGGCAUAAACAUUCUAGAAGUGUUGGAAGUUAUCACGAAGAUCAAGAUUUAUCAAUGAACGAUUCGACAAUGUCAAUAAUGGGUAGCGAGUCAAACAUAUAUAAUAUGAAAUUAGCGAAAUCCGAAUGUUCACAAACUCUAAAACCACAUAACUCCGAUUCGGAAAUAACAAAACUUACGGAUACUGAAAGUAAAGUACAGUUUACUGUAGGUGAUGAUAUUGAUGGAGUUACCGAAAAGUUAGUAAGAAUGUCGACUAACAAUGACGAUGGUUGUCUAGGGGAUAAUGUUAAACGGAUUUGUUCGGAAAUUAACGAUUUCUGUUCGAAUUCGAACGACAAAAGUUACGAUGUUAAAAAUAUAGAUAUAGCUAAGUACAUGGAAAAGAAAAAUAGUGUUGAAAUAGAGGAUAUAUCUUGCGAUUCGUGUGAAAAUAAUAGAGAUGGUGUAUGCGAUUUUGUGUGUGCUAAUAAUGUGAGAGACGUUAUUGUUAUACCAAGCGCGGAGGCCAUGUUGGAAGAUUCGAAUUUAGAACAGGAACAAAAUAAUUAAAUUAAAAAUAA